AUGACCGGCGUUACCCUGGUGUGUUGCGUGUUGCAGGCGAGCUGGGCGCGGCGGCUGCACCACUGCCGGCGGCUCAGCUCGCUGGACAAGCCGAGGACGUCGGGCCUGCUCACCGACACGCCCAGCCCGGAGCCGCCCACUGCCGCCGGCGAGGUGACUGUGGAGUACUACCGCGGCCUGCCGCAGGUGACGGUGCCGCUACCGUCGCGGCGCGAGCGUUGCCGCUUCACGCUGCGGCCCGUCUCCAACACGGUGGGCGACUUCCUGGCCAUGCUGCGACACGAGGACCACGGCAUCGACCGCGUCGCCGUCUCCAGCCUCGAUGACGUCCGGAUAGCCUCGUCCAACACCAUAGAAGUGCUGAUGGAAAACGACUUCAAACUCAUCGUCAACGACAGCGUCUACGUGGUGAACACGCCCCGGCAGGAGAGACUAACCAAAGAAGAACUGCAGCGGCUGUCAGAUGUCCGGAACUUGGUGAACCAGAUGUACGAAGCCCUGAACGUGGAGGAGCAUCAGCUGCACAAGGAGAGGGAGCUGUGCUCGCAGCUCGAGGAGCUCAAGGUCGAGCUGGAACCGAUGGAGCAGAAGCGACAGGAACUGGAACAGAUAGCUUCCCGCCGAACCAACAUCUUGACGUGGGUUGGCCUUGGCCUUAUGUCAGUGCAGUUUGGCAUCCUGGCACGGCUCACCUGGUGGGAGUACUCCUGGGACAUCAUGGAGCCUGUCACUUACUUCGUGACCUAUGGAACGGCUAUGGCUGCCUAUGCCUACUUUGUAUUGACCAGACAGGAGUACCUCCUUCCAGAUGUGAAGGACCGCCAGCACCUCAUCAUCCUACACAAGCGUGCCCGAAAAGUGGGAUUGGAUCUGGGCCGCUACAACCAGCUCAAGGACAGCAUUGCUCAGCUGGAAGCGGACCUGCGCCGGCUGCGUGAUCCCCUGCAGCUGCACCUGCCCCCCCACCACCUGUCGUCGGCACGGUCACGGCCGGGCACCGGUGCGGAUGCCGCCGAGCCGCGCUCUCCCCUCGAGCGUGCCCAGGCGCACAUACGUAGCCUCCUGCAGCGCGGCAGGAGUGCCACGAGGGGGUCCACGUAACCGCGUUCUGCUGUCUGUUCUCUAAUGUUUUUCUACCAGAUACCUUUGCAGUUCGAACUGGCGUGUACAAAGUGGGGUUCCUGAGAUGGUCUUAUUCAAAUAUUAACCGACCCAAAAUUCUGAGUAUUCUGUGGUUUGUGAGAAAUAAUACGUGCUCAAACUGAAGGUGUCUGUGAAGAAAAAUAAACACUAACUGUAGCUGCCGAGGGCCUAGCGAGUAUGUCGCAGCACGGACUGCUAGUAACCUUCCUUGCGCUCGAAAUUUUGUUGUCCACCCACACGGACGUUUGCCGCAUUGUACUUAGGAAACGAUUACUUAAUAUCGAACGUCGCUUCUCUGGGUUCUACCUAAAUCUUGAGAAUCUUUGUUUUGUAUCUAGAAUGUGACCUCGGUAGAGGUAACAAAUUUUGACAGUAGUGUCAGUUUUGUAUGCCCUUUAAAGAAACCUGCCUAACGGUCUGACAUUUCUCCAGUUUCUCUGCAUGAAGAAACUGAGAGAGCUGUUAUUAAAAUUGGGAUAUUUUGUAGGGAAACUUAACAUUUCUGCGCUCUGCUGAGUCAUUAAAAAGCCGGAAUAUAACUUUUGCAUAAUAGCUCUGUAUGAAAUGGUGUGUGGCAUCGAAUUAAUGUGUUCCGAUUUCGAGCGAAUGUCAGGUUAAAGUAUUGUAAUUGUUAUGUAACUGUAUUGUGCUUUCAAUUUAAAAAGCAGAUCGUCGAGUUUCGAAGACUGGUCUAAUUGAAUGGAUGUGCCUCGAGUGAAGUCUAUAGAGAGUCGAGAUGCACGUGCGAAUUACUUUCGUGGAGAAGCUGUAGAUUCUAGUGUGUAAAACAGUAAACCAGUUUCCUCGUCGCUGUCAGGAAUAGACUGGUUCUUCGUGCCCGAAGACAAGUUUCUUUAUUUCAUUUUAAAUUGCCAGAACUAGUUCCGUUCUUUCAGCUAAAAUAUUACUGAAAGAGCUAUUAUCUACAGUUACCAGACAGGCUAAGAUGAUUAUAGAUACAGAUUACAGUGCAACCUUUUUUACUCUUGUUGUUAGCUUUAUUGUACUGUGGUUAUGUCAACAUGGUGCUUCCUACAAAGCAGCCAAAUGUACAAUUAAAAUAAGGUAAUUUGUGGAGAUGUAGUUACUUGAAUAUUGGUUGGAGAUUGUAUAGUGGCUGUUCAGUUGGUAACAUACUGAGUGCUAAGACUGUGAUGAAAUAUUGUGUUGCUAAGCUCUGCUAUCUCCAACUUUUGAGAGAGAAUAUAUUUUCUGAUUUUUAGUAUAUGGCUGCACUUGGUUACCAGAAGUAAUAAGCUGUGUGAAAUAUACUCAUUUCAAGCAUUAUGUUUUGUAUAAUUUCACAUGGAAGGCAGGUGUUGACUGUAAUAAUGGUUUGGCAGGUGAAACUGAGGUAGCUAAAGUAGUUCAAUAGCAUCAGACAGCUGCUCUUGUGCACUCGUCAUUAUGUCCUGUUCUUGUGCACUCGUCAUUAUGUCCUGUUACUGCAGAAUGAUACUGUGAAGUAUUCAUCUCUUUACAUAUACAUUCAAAUUCUUAUACAAAUUAAAGCUGAUGUCCAAGAUUGCAAGUUAUAAUCGGAACUUGGCGUAUGAGGUCCUAAUAUCAUUUAUGUCCGGAUUGGGUGACCUAUUUCCUGUUCUAAUUGAAACUACUUUUAUUUAGAUUUGCAUGCUUCAUCGCAUUUCCAGAAUGUAAGUUGCUAAAAUAGGAGCCUACCAAGCGAUAAAGUUUUAUGUGGCCCGGCAUCGAGAAAGAUGUUCAUUACAGGACUGAGUGCAGAGAGAAAUAUUUCACACAGUUAUUUUUCUAUAUACUGCAACAUUGCUAGAGAAAUUCACUUACAUAAGAUUUCUGCCACCCAGUGUUCCCCCUUUUUGCUUCAAUUUCCUCAGCCUGUUGCUGGUCCACCUCACAAACAGAUACGUACUGAAACUGUAAAACUGCAAAAUAUUCGUGACUGAUUUCUGAUAUUUAAUCAUAAGUUUUACAAUAUAAAGAAAGGGAAUGAAAUUAUGUCUUUUGUACUGUUACAACUGUCUUCAAUCAAAAUCUGCCUACAGCACAACAUAUUUCCUCAGCUAUACAUUCCUAACAAGGUAACCAAUGUGACACCGUUGUUAUGUAGUAAACAAGCAGAGCAGUACAUAUCACAAGCAUUGCAGCAGAGUAGUAGAGUUGAAUUCGCUGCAGUACAUUUAGAUGCCUUAUGUAGCCGCCAUAAUGCUACUUAUUGCUGUAGCUAAUAAAGUGCUUUGUAAAAAUUAAUAUUUAACUGGUUGCACAAAUUGUGUGUGCUUUGUUUUCCAUCACAAGGAUUAAUCAUACAAGAAUGUGAAUUUAGUUUUUUAAUUUGUUGCACCUGAAGAAUUUCCUACUUUCAUCCUUUGUGUAAGUUUGAUAUGUAAUUAUGGGUAGGAACAUGGUUGAAUAGGUAUCUGAGGUCCUGAUUAUGUAUCUUUGUAUAAUGAGCUAUCAGCAUAAAAAAAUCUUCCUUUUACAUAUUUUUAAACUUGUACAAAAUGUGAGUCAUCUGUGAGCAUGUGGAAUGUACAUUUAGGUGUAAGAUACUUUUGUAUCAGUGUAUUCACAGCUAUUAAUAUGAAUUGUAGAAAAGGGAGGAAAGUGCAGAUUUUUGCAGUACUGAAUGAGUUGAAAUGUUGCUUCUGAACACUGAAAAUUAGACAAUCAGUAGCUGUAACAGAUUUGAUAUUUCACCAAAGCAGAGACCCUCGUAUCGAAACCUUUUUUCAAUGGAUUUACAAUUUAGAUGGCACAGAGAAACUGGCUGCAUUGUACAUAAUCAGGCCCCUAAUACUACUCUUUGUAAUACAGAGCUAUUGAAAUGAAGUUUUAUUUCUUUUUCUAGUUUGUAAUUUGUACUAACAUAUAAAUUAAUUUUAAUCUGCUUAUUAAUUUGUAAUUUUGAGUUUAGUGCUUUUACUUGCAAUCUAAGUUUCUAUAGUUAUAUAACAAGCAUUUAUACAUUUAAUAAACAUAUAUUAACAAAAAAUCAACCUAAGAGUUUCCUUAAAACAAAAUCUUUUGAAAUUCUCAUUCAGUAAUAAAGAGGAGCAAGUGAUCUCUCAGUGAAGCAUUAUCUAUAUUAGCCAAUAGAGUAUUUUGCUAAUUGAUUUAAAAAUAAUAAAACGAGCCAACUAACUGCAUGCAAAAGCUAGUGCCAAGAUUUUAAAUUAAGAUUUCUAAAACAUAAAACAUGGUAUGUCUAAAUUUGCUAUUUAGCAUGUUGUAGCUAUUCUGAAAAUAUUUGUAAAAACAAUUUUAAAACUACAAGAAAAGUCACUAAACUAUGUAAAAUGCAUUCAGCUCAACUUUCUUCAAAAUGGUUAUUUCCUUCCCUUCUUCAAAUGCACAAAUUGUUAAUAUAUCUUAUGAAUUACAAAACGGAUUCCUGUACACUUGGGUUUGUUAAGUGUACAUGGAAAAGAGCAAAGCAGUAGGUAGCUUUGUGAUAAUCUCAGUUUUUUAAAAAAAAUUUUUCAUAUACAUUAAUAUCUAUUUUAUCUAAUGCUUAUUUCUUAUAGCAUUAGAAUGUGUGUGUGUAAUACAUUGUGUAAAAUUAAUGCAGACUGAUUAAAUUGUGGAAGAAAUAAAAUGAAACUGCCAUACUGGAAUAAUGUAACUUCUUAAUUGUUGAAGAGUUAAUAUUAAUUCUUGUCAUUCACUUUCUGGUUUUUAUUUUGAUCAAUUGGUUUAGGUUUCACUGUUACAUCUGAUCUCAUUUUAAUUUGACAGUAACAAUAUAUGACAUUAAAGCAGUUCAUAUACAUCUCAUUUUCAUAAAAGGUGUUGUUACAAUACCAAGAAAAUGAAAGGAAAGGUGACUCAAACUGAUACCUUAUCUUUAGGUCACCUCUCAGGCACAAUGAAUGUUGACUACUUGAGUAGUCUGUGCCUUAUUAAUUGCUUAUAGUUGAGGCUUUCAUCAAUACUGUUGCUUUAUCCUACAUAAACACUAAAUUACAUUUGUCAUGUAUAAUAUAUCUUGUCUUACAGAAAGUGCAUCGUUACCCUUUUCUACAAGAUGAAAUUGCAAAGAAAUGAAAGUGUCAGGGGCACAAUGCACUGAACCUUUCACUACUGAAUUCCAUUUAAACAUUGUUUGAUUUUUCUGUUAGAUAACCUCCUAUAUUCCUGUUAUCAUAUAACUUAAUUACGUACUAAAUUAUGGUACAUCCUCUUUGUUUUUCCCAUUAACUGCUAAGGACAACACAUCCACGUGGAAACCUGCAUGGUACUGUAAUGGUCACAAAGUGGCAGAAGAUACAUUCAGUUUUGUUUGACAAUGUCACUUGAAAAUAAACCUUUGAGGAACUGUAUGUUCAUAAAAUCCAGUUCAACUUCCACAUUCAUGUUAAUGAGAUAUAAAUAAAAUCUGUUACACAGAAGUAAAUAUUCCACCAGAUAACAUGCUAUACCACUAUAAUAGAUUGUGCACCCCAAACCCACAUGGAACAGAAGAUGCAUAAUUAUAAAAUCUGCUGGCUAAGACUGUGCACGUACAUGUUGGCUUCACUCAGUGCUACAUGCAGGCUGUUGAAAGAUAAUUCCACACAACAUGUAACUUAGAAAUUCUAUCUAUAUCUGAAUCCUGCUCCAGCUACUGCCAGGUCUGGGUGCUGACGAGUCCUCUCCAUUUGGCUUGGUCCUCCCACCACUUUUCUUCCUCCACUUGCUGCCAGGUCACACCUCUCCUUUCUACAGACAUUCUCACUCCCA